AUGGGCGAGAAAGAGAUAAGAAAGAUUCCAGACCAAAACCAGCUGAGAAGGAAGAUAGAGAUGCGGUACGAAUCACCGGGAAAACCAAAGCCCGAGGUGCAGAUGCAGCCCAUUGACAAAGGGAUAGAAAUAAAGAAAGUUCUCAUAAAGCACUACAUGAGCACAAUGCACACAAGGCGCGUGCAUAUAGACGAGUCGAACAGAGUGUGCGGCUUCUGCAACACCCACGAGACAAGUCUGUGGCGCCGCAUUGGCGACAUAAUAGUCUGCAAUGCCUGUGGGCUCUACUACAGAAUACACGGAAAGAUAAGGAGCAAAACCAUUUCUCGGGGAAGAAAAACAAAGGCAUCAGCAGAGCAAGAGAAAGACGAGGAGUCUGAAGACGAGUGA